AUACAGCUGGACCAUACUGCCAGUGCUGUUAAAACCAAAAAGUCGUGGAUGGAUAAGAUUAUUAGCUAAUGAUGUUAAUGUUAAACCUUAGAUAGUGCCCAAUUAUUUCAAUGAUGUGGAAGACGUUAAGACGAUGAUCGCCGGUAUUAAGGCUGCGAUAAAGGUCGGUCAAACGAAGGCGAUGCAGACGUUUGAUUCGCAAUUCUGUAAUGAUACUAUCCCCGGAUGUGAAAAUUACAAUUAUGAUUCCUUUGCUUAUUGGAAUUGUAUGAUCAGAACGAUCACUCUUACCUCCUAUCAUUACUCCGGUACUUGCAAGAUGGGACCGAAGAAUGACCCAACUGCUGUUGUCGAUCCCAAAUUAAAGGUAAUCGAUAUUCAAGGACUGAGAGUAGCAGACGCAUCCAUCAUGCCCGACAUUGUAUCAGGGCAUACAAAUAUACCUGUUUAUAUGAUAGCCGAAAAACUAGCAGAUAUGAUCAAGGAAGAAUGGGGAUACUUGAAGAAGUCAUUAUCAUAAUAUUUUACGAAGUAAUUAUACCACAUUAUAACACGCGUAAUAUUUUGUAGACAAUUAAAAUUGCAAACAAAAUGAGUGCAUUCAAUCAAUAACGGAAACAACGAAUAUAAAAAAUAUUAAAAAAAACAAGUUUUAUUUAAAUUAUUCCUUUUAGGUUAUUUUUAUUUAUUUUCUUUAUAUUAUAUUUAAAUUAAAACAAUUGUUUUAUUAUUCUUUGCUGUAUUAAGUAUGUUACAAGGAAAAACAUACGCACAUACAAAAAUAAGAGUUACAAAAAUUAUUAUUUUCAAAAAAAUAUAUUUAAAGUUUAAA